UUGGAGCGGGAUGGUGGCGGCGCAUCGCAGGUUCAGCACUCUGGACAGCGCUCGUGGAAGUUGGAGCGGACGGAGGCGCGCGGACCUUUAAUCUCACACUUCUGGAUCCACUGGAGACACGAGCCACGGGAACCAUGGUCCAACUGAGGCGAUCAUCACCAUCUUCAUCAUUAUCAUCAUCAUCAUCACCAUCAUCAUCUUCCACCGCCGGCGCAGGUAACCCGGGAGCGCACGGUGCGGAGUGAGACAUGGACUUUGCUGAAAUUAUUUUCGCGUUGUUCAUCGUCGUGGUCGCGGUCGUUUCUCUGUUGUCAAACUUGUUGGUCCUGCUAUGUUUCGUCCACAGCACCGAGAUCCGCCGACAGGUGCCCGGUGUUUUCACCAUGAACUUGUCCUUCUGCAACAUUCUCAUCACUGUUCUGAACAUGCCGGCCACAUUAGUGGGGAUCAUCCGGAACCAGCAGCCGUUCGGGGACUGCAUCUGCCACACGGUCAGCUUUCUGGAGACUUUUCUGACCGCCAACACCAUGCUGAGUAUGGCCGCGCUCAGCAUAGACCGUUGGAUCGCGGUGGUCUUCCCCCUCAGCUACUCCACUAAAAUGCGCUACAAGGACGCGAUGAUCAUGGUGUGCUACUCGUGGCUCCACUCCUUCACCUUCUCCCUGACGGCGCUGCUCUUCUCCUGGGUCGACUACAGCAACGUUUACGCAUCCUGCACCUUGCAGCCGAGCGAGGAGGGCAGCGACAGGAUUAAGUUUACAGUCUUCACCGUGGUUUUCCACGCCACUAGUUUCAUGCUCUCACUUCUCAUCUUGUGUUUCACCUACCUGAAGGUGCUGAAAGUGGCCAGGUUUCACUGCAAGAGGAUUGACAUUAUUACCAUGCAGACUCUUUUCCUGCUUGUCGACAUUCACCCCAGUGUGAAACAAAGAUGCUUAGCUGAGCAAAAGAGGAGAAAACAGAGAGCCACAAAAAAGAUCAGCAUCUUCAUCGGCUCAUUCAUCAUCUGCUUCGCCCCUUAUGUAAUUACAAGGUUGGCUGAGCUUCUACCUUUCGUGGACAUCAACCGCCACUGGGGAAUCAUCAGUAAGUGCCUGACUUACAGCAAGGCCGCUUCCGACCCCUUUGCCUACUCGCUCCUACGUCAGCAGUACAAGAAAGUCCUGGUUACUGUCGUCAACAGGCUGCUCCGACGCGACCUUUACCCCUCGUCUGGCCAUAACAGUUCUCUAGACACGGAGAACGACUACUGUCUCCAGAGGAUCAGCUAAUGGCGAAUGCGUGGACAUGACAGAUACACACUACAGGCCAAAAAUAAAGGGAGCCUCUCGGUGGAAGAAGGUGGGAGGAGGGGGAGAAAAAUGAGCCGACUCGGAGAGAGACGGAGAGGACGGGAUAUUGUUAGCAAAGGAGAGAGACGAUGGGGGGACACAUUGUGGGUGGGUGAGGGCAAAGAGCGAGCAUUAAUAAGAAAGGGAGUGGGUGGAGAAGAAUGAAAAGGCAGUAAGAAGGAGGAGGAUGAAGAGGAAGAGAGGGCAGGGCUGAUAGUGAGGGAUGGAGACGAUAUGGAGACAGUAUCGGUAAACAACAGAUCUGCGAUUCAUCUGUGGCUGCACAAAGACACACACAGACCAGAUAAAUCAAUGUGAUUGAAUAAGUCCCUGGCCCAGAUUAAUCUCAAACUGAAGGACCACGCUGCUGGAGACCUGACUGUAAGGACCUCGUUCUUCCCUCUGAGACUGAGAUGAACGUGUAUAAAGUGGCCUCUUGUACCGUUCCAAUCACUUCAUAAUGAUUUUAGCAAAUCCACAAUCUGUGACCUAUCCUCAGCAACAAAAUACAGGGACGCCGUGAGUCGAUUUGACAGACGAAAGAAAAGACGACGUUCUGGAUAAUGUACCGUCAGUGAAAGGACGGACUCUGUAGAUGUGGAAACUCAACUGCAGCACAUAAUUGCCAUGUUCUGUAUUGACCGUGCUAAACUACUUUGCGGUUGUUUCCAGUGUCAUGUCAGUCACUGAAUAUUGAUGCACUUUGUCUAUUCUGCUCAGAGCUACUAGAGUUACAGGAGCCAAAGGCAAAUAACAUUUACACCACGAUCAACCCAGUCGCCAGAGAAGAAAUAUCACGUUUUAUUGUACGUUUCUGCAAAUCACGGAUACGUUAUAAUCUGUCAUUGAAUCAGAAAUAUGCCUAUCAUGAACCCCACUCAAUUUGUAGUUUUUGAGUUAUGUGAAUGUGUAGUACUACUUACUCACUUUAAAUUAGAGAUACACAAUUAAUUGAAUUUCAUAAUUAUUUAAAGGGGUCAUAUUUUGCUAAACUCUUUGGUACAUCUAUUUGUGUAUUUGGACCCUAACAGUUCAAAAAGUUUGAAUUUGA